UCGCCAUGCGCGUGCCUUGCGUGAGCGGCGCCGCGAGGUAAGAUGGCGGCGCCCAACCAGUCGGUGCCUUCGCUGGCGGCUGGAAUAAACCAGCUCUUCACAGGCAACCGGGGAGAGGAGCUGCCCGCCGUUGUCAUGACACCGAUCCAGAAUUUAACAAGAGCAUUCAGGGAGCAGCAGAAUAGGGAGGAAGCCACACAAUCGGUGUUUGAAAUAUUUGCAGACAUACUGGCAAGGCAGUUGGCUGCGAUAGAAGUCAUCAAUGAGAAUUUUGAAAGUGGCAAGAAUGAACAAUAUGAAACGUGUUUGCAACUUACUGCUGAGUGCUUCCGAUGUCUCAGAAAUGCCUGCAUACAGUGUGUCAAGAAUCAGUCUCAUAUAAGAAUUUUUCAUUUCCUGAAUUUGUUCUUUAAACAUAUCAUAUUUUCCUCAGCUUUUCAAUGUGGCCUACAGUUCCUUGGAAAUCUGGCAGUUGGCAAUGAAGAAACCAAGGAUGUCAUUUGGAAAAAUGCCUUUCCAGAUCUAUUUCUGAAUUGCCUGAAUCAUUUGGAUAAGAAAACUGUUACCUAUUGCUGCAUGGUUCUGUUUACCUGCCUCAGCAUCGAAAGAACAGCAGACCUACUAAACCAUACAAAAGGGAUUAAACUGGCCGAAACUGUUGUAAAAAUCUGCAAGAAAGAGCCACAACUGGACUGGGCCUUUCUGAUUGUGACGGAACAGUUUCUGAAAUGUCCAGAUUUGGUGUCUGCAAUCUACACAAAAUGGAACAAUCAAGAAAGAAUUAUCAUCUUGGAGCUAAUCUCCGCAAAGCUGAGUGACAAGAAUCUGGAAAUUCCAGCUGGCAGUGAUGACCUGCCUGUUCCUGUCAGACUAAUGCAAUUCCUGGCAGCCUGCUUCGUAGAGAAAUGUAUGGCAGUGUUGAAAUAUGCCUCUGAUACCUCCGAUGCAGAAGAUGAGGAUGCUCUCAUUGUAAUCAAGCUUCUUGAUAUUCUCUGUGAAACGACCUCAAACCACGAAAAAUUCAGCUAUUUGCAGAACUCGCCUGCUCUGGUAGAGACCACUGUUAAGCUUUUGUCUGAGACCCGCCUUGUAGGAAGGCAAAGCAAAAAUAUUUUUACACCAUCCCAAUCUUUAUCAUUCGCCAAUCAGAUCACUCAUCCUGCAGUUGGAUUUAAAGCACAUCUCAUCCAUCUGAUUGGGAAUCUUUGCUACAACAACAAGGAAAACAAAGAUAAGGUUCGGGAAUUGGGUGGCAUUCCUCUCAUUCUGGAUAACUGUAACAUCGAUGACCAUAACCCUUUUGUGAGCCAGUGGGCAGUUUUUACCAUCCGAGUCCUUACCGAGCAGAACCCAGAGAACCAAGAGGUGAUAUCCCAGAUGGAACGCCAGGGAGUUGCAGAUACUGCGAUGCUUGAUAGCAUGGGAUUGCGGGUUGAAGAACGAAAUGGAAAGCUGUACGUAAAGUCGCAGGAAAAGUGUGAAUAAUUGCAUCGAGCGAAGCGUUUGUUCGAAAACAUUAUCGCACGGUGGAUCUACUGAUCUAUUUUUCCAGUCGUUUGGCAAACGAAAAGAAAGGCAAACGAUCAAGAUGAAAGGAAAGCAGCGAUGGAAAAAUGGUUCUUUGUUUAAAAUACACAAUGUUAUUUAUUAUUCUCUAGAUUGUCAUCAGUCUGGUAUCAAGAGUCUCGCCCUAUGAUAUGCAGGUUAAGACUGACUAGUGAUAAGAAUAUUAACUGUAAAAGAGAAUAGUAGCCUUCAGCAUAUCCUGCAUUGAAAUCUGAUUAUGCAACAAUUAAUUGCUCUGAAUUAUGCAUCAGCCAACAUCAAACGUGGGUAUAUAUUAAAAUUGAUUUGAUUUUCUUCAAACAAUUGUCAGACAAUAAAAUCUUGCUCAUUUUACAAAGAAACCGAUGAAAGAAUUCUGGGGUUUCAUGUGGAAGGCUAAAUCAGAGGAAUUAUUUGGUGGGCCUUGAAUUUGAAGGGAAAUAUUAGCAGUCAAUUCCGCACUAAAUAUUUUACCAGUAAAUCAGAAUUAAAUUAUAUGUGAUGAUCCCAAAGAAUUAAAUGCUAUAAUCAGUCACAUUUCCAUUUACAAGCAUGUUUGUUUAUAAUUAUUGGGCACAAAUGUAUCCACUUGUAAUUAUUCAGAGUCUUUUAACUCUGCAUUGUUUACUUCAGUGUUAAUAACUGUUGCCUAUUUUGAAAUAUAUCUGAUGGUGUAUUGAAA